GAUUCAUGUAAGUUGUAACCUGCCGCUGUUUAUAAUCCCCUCUCAAUUCCGCAUACAAUUCAAUUCAUCUUCACCUACCAACCACUUUAUAUAAACUCAUUCUUUCUUCUUUCUUUUUCUCUCCAUUCCCAUUUCUCUCUAUUCUAUUCUCUUUCAUUCAUCCAUGGCUACUUCUUCUAAAAGACACUGUUUCUUGAACGAUGAAGAAGACGAUGGUUUGGCUUCAAUUACAACAACAGACAUUGAACCUGGCUUUUCUGGUCACAAUCAUUUCUCUCAUCAACACGGUUUCGUUUCAAGAACUUUAGGUUACGGUUACGCAACUGUUUACAAUAGAGGUCUCAGAAACAACGCUAAUUCUCCUAGAUCUGGUGGUAGAUUUUAUGAUGCUAGAUUUGAAGAUCAUCAACCUCACUUUCUUCAAUCUUGUUUUCUUUGCAAAAAGGCUUUGGGAAACAAAGAUAUCUUCAUGUACAGAGGGGAUACACCUUUUUGUAGUGAAGAGUGUAGACAAGAACAAAUAGAGAUUGAUGAAGCGAAAGAGAAGAAUAUGAACAUUGCUUCAUCAAUGGCUUUGAGAAAAAAAGAGCAAAGAAAAUCUUCAUCACCAAACAAAGCACAAGAUUACUCUUUUCGUACAGGGACGGUUGCUGCUGCUUAAUUAGUAGUUAAGAAACUGAAUUUUGAAGUUUCAAAAUUCAAAUUAGGCUUAAAGAAAAAAAAAAAAUAGAACUGUUAUGUUCUCGAUAAAGCAAAGAAAAAAGAGCAAAAAAGGAAAAAGAUGGAAAAAAGAAGAGUAGAAGUGAAGUUCCAAGUUUAACCUUCCUUUUUUUACUACGGAGAAGGGUUGAGAAAAAAGAGAGAAGAGAUCUUCAAGAAAGUGAUUUUUGACCAGAAGCUGUGAAUAUGGUAAAACUGUUUGAAAAUUUUACUGCUUGUUGAUCCUCUCAAUGAAAUGACCCAAUUUUAGUUUCUUGUAUUUUUUUAUUUUUUUUUUAAUAUUGGUUAUUGGUUAUAGCUUUACAUGGAUGUAAUGUAUCGAGUAGAUUCGAAGUUUAUAAAUGAAGAAACUUGAUACGAACAUAAA